AUGUCAUCAAAUAGCUCCACAUCCAAAUGCUCAUCUUCUUCCCGAUGCAGGGGAGAUCAUGCUUCUAUCAUGGAAGCCCAACGGCCAUCACCUCCGUCUUCCUUGAAUCGAAUGCAUUCCGCAAGUCCCAGAAGACGGAAUGGUAACAACUUUCAUCCACUAUCCACUCCUAAUUCUUUUGAGAACGACUUUCCCCGCUUGCUCUUCCUUGAUGAAAAUUGCGAAGACGAAGAAAUCGACACUUUCAAAAUUCAGAGGAAGCUAUUGAGACGGCGAUACGUCCGAAGAGAACAAAACAAGAAGAAACGACAACGCGAAAUGGAAAAUGCUAGACAAAUGGCACUUGAAACCGAAAAACAUCAAAUUCAACCAAUCUUAAGCACUAAGGAGCCAACGGCUGUACAAUACACUGACAGUGAAGAUAGCAUGGAACAGGCCGAACAAAAGCAACGCUUGCUACUAUCGCCUUCUUUCCGUAUGUCUUGUGGGAUGACCAGCCCAUGCUAUUCUCCAGCAUUCAAUCUCCCAUGCUUUUCUCCGCUUCGUCCAACCAAACGCCAAAACACACGGGUCACUCAUUGA